UUAAAGACAAAUGAUGGAUCAUAUUCAUUGACACUAACGUUGUUUUUUCUGCAUAUUAACAUCAACAUGACAAGGAGAGUCCAUAAAAUGUUGAAUGCUCGUGAAAACAGUUCUGUUUUACUGACUUAAUUGACAUGGAAGAAGAUAUAGAAGAUUAUCCUAACAUUGAAGUGGACCCACAAUAUGUCACUGUGACUAGCGUGGCGUCAUAUGUCAGCACAGAUUCCACAGAUGACCUUGACUGGUUACAAACCUCCAAACUUACAGGGGGGAUAAUCAAGUUCCUGUUUGAUGGAUCUACAGAGGAAAAGAGUCACACAGGUUACUAUGUUUGUGUGGGGGAGGACGCUACUGUGGACAAUGUGGCUAAAUACAUCACCAAAGUGUGGAAGAAGAGGAGCCCAGACAUCAUUCUCUCUGUUAUAUCCAGUCUCAGUCAUUUCAGGAAGUGGAAGAAUCAGCAGGAAGUGGAAGAUUUCCAGGCGGGUUUGAUUCAGGCUAUGAACUCUACCAAUAUGUGGGUGUUGACAAAUGGUUUAGAUGGAGGAAUCGCUAAAAUAGUUGGGGAUGCCGUUCGUUUUGAGAGAGAGAGGCGAUCUAUUCUGAUGACACGAGCUCAGAACCCCUAUGUAAAGCUUCACAAGAAAGAGGAUGUAGAGGAACUGCCUAAACUGACCGUGAUGGGAAUCGUUCCUAAACUACAGCUCCAGUGUGCGGCCAGGACUGAGGGAUUGCAUGAUUCCAUUAUUUCACUGAAAAAAACGGGGACUAAGGAAGCUAUGGAGUUGAAUGGAGAACACUCUCAUUUUAUCAUAAUGGACCAGAACACUGAUCUAAGGGAGCUGGAAGGCUUUAGACUCAGAAUUGAGGAGAGACUUCUGACCCCUAUAGGGAAGGGCAAGAGAUACAGAAAAGUCAAAAUGUUUGACCCCUCCCUUGAUGCAGGAUCCAUCCCAGAAAAUUUAAACAUGAUUACCAGCACCAGUACCCCCAUGGUCGGCCUCCUGAUACAGGGUGGACCAUUAGAUAUUGACCAUGUGGUGGACCUUCUACGGAGAAAAGUUCCUGUCCUAGUUCUACAGGGGACUGGACUGGGAGCCGAUCUUAUAGCGUUUGUGUACUUUGAAAAAGUUCAUCACCAGGGUGAUGAAUACGAGUCUUUUGUGAAAACUGAGUUAAUUAAGAGAAUGAUGAACUGUUAUCCAAAGGAUUUUGUGGACAAUGAGCUGGCCCGGAAUCAGUGUAGAGACAAAAUACUGGAGUGUGUUAAUCUUGCCCACCAGGAGAAUGGGAGGUUUCUAACUAUUUUGGACAUAAAUGCGGAUCCCACUGGACUUAAGAACUUGGACAAAUACAUCUUACUCACUUUGUUUGAAUCUCAAGGGUCCAAAACAGGAAGUCAGUUCCAGGAACAAUUCCAGUCUGACCUCAAGUUGACCUUACACUGGAAUAGACCUGAUCUAGCAGAAUCACAGAUUUUUGAGAAAUAUGAUUGGACAACUGUUAAG